AUGUUCCGCAACGCCCUCCGCCAGUCUUCGCGCGCUGUCGGCGCUGCCUCUGCCGCUGGCAGGGUCGCUGCGGUCCGAAAUGCCGCACCCGCCCUGAACGGCGCUGCCAUGCAGACCCGCGCCUACGCUGCCGACGCCAAGGCCUCGCCGACUGAGGUCUCGUCCAUUCUCGAGCAGAGGAUCCGUGGUGUUCAGGAGGAGUCUGGUCUUGCCGAGACCGGCCGUGUCCUGUCUGUCGGUGAUGGUAUCGCCCGUGUGCACGGUAUGGCCAACGUCCAGGCCGAGGAGCUUGUCGAGUUCGCCUCCGGCGUCAAGGGCAUGUGCAUGAACCUUGAGGCCGGCCAGGUCGGUGUCGUCCUGUUCGGUUCUGACCGUCUCGUCCGGGAGGGUGAGACCGUCAAGCGUACCGGUGAAAUUGUCGAUGUUCCUGUCGGCCCCGAGAUGCUUGGCCGUGUUGUCGAUGCUCUGGGUAACCCCAUUGACGGCAAGGGCCCCAUCAAGACCACCGAGAAGCGCCGUUCGCAGCUCAAGGCUCCCGGUAUCCUGCCUCGCCAGUCCGUCAACCAGCCUGUGCAGACUGGUCUCAAGUCUGUCGACGCCAUGGUGCCCAUUGGCCGUGGUCAGCGUGAGCUGAUCAUUGGUGACCGUCAGACUGGUAAGACUGCCGUCGCUCUCGACGCCAUGCUCAACCAGAAGCGUUGGAACGACGGCAACGACGAGACCAAGAAGCUGUACUGUGUCUACGUUGCCGUUGGCCAGAAGCGUUCCACCGUUGCCCAGCUCGUCAAGACUCUUGAGGAGAACGAUGCGAUGAAGUACUCCAUCAUCGUCGCCGCUACUGCCUCCGAGGCCGCUCCUCUCCAGUACCUCGCCCCCUUCACCGGUGGUAAGUCAAGACCGCUCUGCACUCAAUACUCAUUGUACUAA